AUCGCGGUGCAUGAUGGGUAGGACACAUCCUGUUUCAGGUUUUCAAUCAACCGGCUACUGCAACCACUCGAUUAGCAUUCCGAUAUCGAGUCGUAACGUGUGUAUUUGUGAGUUUACCCAAGUUUGCAGUUAGCGACGUGAAGUUGACUUGUGUUUCUUGUGCUUGACGUCAUUGUCAUUAAGAUCUGAAGUCGAUAACUUUACUUGGAGCGCAUAGUGUCUUAUUAGCAGCUGCUAUGCAAACUAGCAAUGACGGUCACGUGAAGAAGGAUACAGAAUAAUGGCAGAAAUACGGAUUGCUCUGGAGAUGAAACUACACAGAAUACUGAGCUGCCCAAGGAUGUAUCUUCCAUACAGGGGACAUUCUAAACGCCUUUUAGGCUCUGUUGGUGCUCUCUCUUGUAUGGGAGGGAAUGAAGCUCUAAGUCCCAUGGUUGGUCGUGGCAUGCUCUACUGCAAAACAUGCACAGUGCCACCAAUGAACUACAGUGAAGCUGCUCCUGAAGCAAGUCGUCAUUUGCUGCUUGAGUCGAGAAGAAGAGGUUCAGCAAGAAACAAGAACCUACUGAGAGGAGGAGGAGCAUGGCCUGUGUCCUUUGUCCGCCACAGAAUGACAGAAGCUCCUCUUUCCACUGUGCCACCACCUUUUGUCGUGAUGAGAUUUGACCAAGAGGGAAAUGUCACAUCAUUCGAGAAAAAGAAAACAGAGCUUUGUCAAGAGCUAAGUCUUCAGGCGAGGGAUCUUCGCUUUCAGCACAGUAGCAGCCUCACCACUAGAAACAACUGCAUUAUCCUACGAAUGGAGACGUUGAAAGCCAUUGUGACUCCCCAUUGUCUUUUGGUGCUGGAUUUCCGUGGGCUGGGGUUAGAACGCUGGCUCGUCCUGGAGCUUGGCCCGCAGCUGACCUCACAGACGCACUCCCUGCCUUUUGAGUUCAGGGCUCUGGAGGCCAUCCUGCAGCACAGGGUCAACAAUUUACAAACUCGGCUCAACAAAGUUGAACCGGAGAUAUUGGACGUUUUGGAGUCUCUGGUGGAUCCGAAAAUCCUGUCAGCUGAUAGAAGUAAACUGCACGUACUGCUGCAGAACAGUAAGAGUUUAUCAGAGUUGGAGACGGACAUUAAGGUUUUCAAAGAGUCCCUGCUGAAGAUUUUAGAUGAGGACGAAAUCAUUGAAGAGCUGUGUCUCACCAAGUGGACAGACCCGAGAGCAUUUGAGGAGAGCAGUUUGGGGAUUGACCAUGCAGAGGAGAUGGAACAUUUACUGGAUAAUUACUACAUGCAGGCUGAAGAGUUAAGCAACAAGGCCAGGGAGUUGAAAGGCCUGAUCGACGACUCGGAGAGUGUCAUCUUUAUCAAUCUGGACAGCCAUCGAAAUGUGAUGAUGCGUUUGAACCUGCAACUGACUAUGGGGACCUUCUCACUCUCCUUAUUUGGUCUCAUUGGCGUAGCCUUUGGAAUGAAUUUGGAGUCGACUUUUGAAGAGGACCCUCGUGUUUUUUGGCUGGUUACAGGAUUCAUGUUCCUUGGCAGCGGCCUGAUUUGGAGGCGAUUGUUGUCAUUUCUAGGACGACACCUAGAACCUACAUUAUUACCACCAAUUCCUCCAGUUUGGAAGAGAAAUCUGAAAGCAUCAGACAUGAAGACUGGAUUGAGGUGAUGCUAGCUUUAUAUCUUGAACCUUUAGCACUUUUAAGGCCAUCAAACUGACCUCAUGUAUUUGACAAAGAUGCAAAUUAGUUGCUUCCCUUCACCCACUUCAGAGUGUGUCAAGUGUUAUUUCCUUGCCUUAUUUGUUACUGCAAUGUAUCAUAAUCUUCUAAAGUGACAUAUGUCUGUGUUAUUUCGGGAUAAUUAGACAAAUGUGUCUGCGUGUAGCUAUUUAAUUCCACAAAUUGAUUCAUCUUUCUGUGGGUACAGGUUUUUAAAUUGUCAGAAUUUAGUUGAACUUAAACAACUUGACUUGUGAUUUGUGUAUUUUAUCUUGAUUCUGUAUUUUGAAAUCAUACAAAGAGGAAAAGCAGAUAUUAAAUUAUAUAACUAAUGUUUUGGUAACAUUUUUACAUUGUUGCAUGUGCAGUGUCUAUUUUCUGCCUCCUAAAAAUAAAAUACCAGAUGUUUUGGUCCUUAAUAAAAAUAAAUAAUAUAAAAUAGUAAACAAAUGAUUAAUCAUGCUGUCA